AUGGCUUCUGCGCUAGACACGACUCGCCCGAUUCCCACUGACCGAGACCAGUUCGGUGAGCAACAUGUACAGAUCGAGACAACUGAUCACGAGGUCAAGAUAGAUACCGGUGCUGUUUCCGGGGGCAACUCCGAAACAGCUGCUGAUGCUGCUGCGGUCUCCGUCGAUAUAGAGCUUGAGGCUCGCCUCAGACGCCUCGAGCAGCUCAGGGUCCAAUACGGACACCUGGGAUGGCCCCGACGGCGCAAGAUCACCAUUGGCGUCAUCUUCUCCUUCGGCCAGCUCGUCACCCUGAUGACGGCCAGCAUGAUCGCCGCUGCCCUUGGCGACAUCUCGGCCGACUUGGGAAUCGACGCCGCUACCGCCCAGAUCGUCUUUGCCACGUACUUCCUCGGACUGGCCUUUGGCCCCUUUUUCUCAGCCGCCUUUGCAGAGGUAUACGGCCGCAAGUGGGUCUGGGUCGCUGGUAAUGUUUGGUAUAUCCUUUGGAAUGGCAUCAGUCCAGCCGGUAACUCGAAGAGAUUGAUGAUUGUGGGCAGGCCGAUGACUGGCUUGGGAGCAAGUGCUGGUGUCACGCUGACCGGACCUACCAUGGCGGACAUGUACGGCAGAAAAGACCGUGGCAAGGCCGUGGCCAUCUCGUCGCUCCUCCCGUACCUCGGCCCUGCCCUGGGCCCCAUCAUAGGCGGCAUCGUCACGCAGAUGAUUGCCUGGCAGUGGAUCUUCUGGAUCAUGUGUGCCUUCAACGGCCUCACUACUCUGAUCGGCGUACUCUGCAUCCGUGAAUCCUACACGCCCGUCCUUUUGCGUCGCAGGGCACGCAGCCAUCGCACGGCUGCCGGACUCAACAUCGAAUCCCCAUCCUUAAAGGCAUCUCUAAACCUCCUUGGAGUCAGUCUGUGGCGGCCAUUCCGCCUGCUCCUCCGACGCCCCGUGGUGCAGAUGAUCAGUCUCAUCCUCGCCCUCGACUUCGCCAUCUGCACCCUCCUCCUCGGCACCUUCGCCGACCUCUACAUCACCAAGUACGGCCAGCCCGAGUUCAUCAGCUCCCUGCACUACAUAUCCGUCGCCUUCGGCGCCACGUCCGCCACGCAGGUCGGCGGGCGGCUCAUGGACUGGUCAUACCGCCUCAUGACGGCCCGCUACGGCGGCGGCGGCGGCGACGGAACGGGCAAGCCCGAGUUCCGCGUGCCAUACCUCGUGCCGAGGGUCAUUAUAACGCCCCUCGGCCUCUUCCUCUACGGUUGGGCCGCGCAGCACGCCGUCGCCUGGCCGGCCAUCGACGUCGGCGCCGCGGUCUUCACCCUCGGCAGCUUCAUGGCCAGCCAGGUGCUCAAUGCCUACCAGCUGGACGAGUUCGUCGAGCACGGUGCGUCGGUGACGGCUGCCACGCGCGUGCUCAUGUACUCGCUUGGUUUUGCCUUCCCCGUCUUUGCGCCGGACCUGUAUGACCGCCUUGGUUACGGGUGGGGAAAUAGCAUGCUCGCCUUCCUAUGGGUCGUGUUCUGCUUCCCGUUGCCUGUUGUCUUGUGGACGUGGGGGGAAAAGCUAGGCGUCAUGGGCAGGGGAAGCAAGGAAGGGCAGGUUGACAGUGCUUGA